AUGACUACUUCAGAUUGGUCGCCAAAUACAACGUCAGUUGAAGCGACAGCUGACUAUGUAAAUCAUAACUGUGCCUCACAUACUGUCGCGGCAGUGCAAGCCCUUAGAAAGUCCCGAGAAGAAAAAGCCUGGAAGCCAUGUUGGCUGACGCUAUGUGAUGAUCCAAAUGGCGGUUGUGAACUGAUCAUUUCAGAUACAGAACUGAGUGUCAAAGCUCGUCUAAUCCUUGACUUGGCCUAUUGUGUGAUGUAUCUGCUUGAUGAUUCCGUAUUUGCUCGUGAGGGUUGCGUGUUUUUCUCGCAGACUGACAUCGAUCUACCCGGUGUGUAUCUUUGUUUUCGUCCGACGCAUAUUCUUAUCAAGUGGCUUGAGUUGCCACGGGUUCUAGGUCUUCGCACGGGUGCUGUCCCAGUGAUGAUCGGACUGCAGUUCGAACCACCGAAACAGUCGUAUGUAGCCGUUUUGCAACUUCAUAUUGAAAAGUAUAGAUCGGAGUCUGUAAAGCCUGAUGGAUUUUACUCAGCAUAUGGGAUGAUUUGCGGAAUAAAAGUAUGCAGUACGCCAGUAAUUGUUGCUUCGCCCAGCAAAGUCGCUCCUCCGUCGGUUAUAUUUGAUUGUUCCUUUUUACUGCCGCUAGUCCCACCUGAAAACGGCACCUUACAAUUCUCAGUGCUGUCUCAUCCUGGUGGCGGCAAGAAAAGCAGGCCUCUCGGGGUAUCGGCUUUAUUUUCAUUGCCUGAUUCAAGAUCUCAUGCAGAUGCGCCCGAAUCUGGCUUCACAUUUCGCGCGGCAAGGUAUCGAAUCAAGGUGCUAUCAUUGGAGCAAUAUGGCCCGUUGAUGGAAUAUCUGAAGUAA